CUGGAAGGGAGGGACAGGGCAGAGUCACGCAGGGGCGCUGUGAGAAGCGCCCAGGACUCUUCAAAGGGCUCAUCCCCUGAAGCGACCCACCAGCUAGGCCUGAGCUCAAAAGUUCCCAGUCCAUACUUCUGCGAGAACCCGCGAGGGAGCAGCGAGGGCCUGGGGUCUGCAAGCCUCAGAAGGAUGCGAGCUCCCGGAGCAGGAACAGCCUCUGUGGCCUCACUGGCGCUGCUUUGGCUUCUGGGACUUCCGUGGACCUGGAGCGCGGCGGCGGCGUUCGGUGUAUACGUGGGUAGCGGCGGCUGGCGCUUUCUGCGUAUCGUCUGCAAGACGGCGAGGCGAGACCUCUUUGGCCUCUCCGUUCUGAUUCGUGUGCGGUUAGAGUUGCGACGACACCGGCGAGCAGGAGACACGAUCCCGCGCAUCUUCCAGGCCGUGGCCCGGAGACAACCAGAGCGCCUGGCGCUGGUGGACGCGAGUAGCGGUAUAUGCUGGACUUUCGCACAGCUGGACACCUACUCCAAUGCAGUGGCCAACCUGUUCCGCCAGCUGGGCUUUGCACCGGGCGAUGUGGUGGCUGUGUUCCUGGAGGGCCGGCCAGAGUUCGUGGGACUGUGGCUGGGUCUGGCCAAGGCUGGUGUGGUGGCUGCGCUUCUCAAUGUCAACCUGAGGCGGGAGCCCCUGGCCUUCUGCCUGGGCACAUCAGCUGCCAAGGCCCUCAUUUAUGGCGGGGAGAUGGCAGCGGCGGUGGCGGAGGUGGGUGAGCAGCUGGGGAAGAGCCUCCUCAAGUUCUGCUCUGGAGAUCUGGGGCCUGAGAGCGUCCUGCCUGACACGCAGCUCCUGGACCCCAUGCUUGCUGAGGCGCCCACCACACCCCUGGCACAAGCCCCAGGCAAGGGCAUGGAUGAUCGGCUGUUUUACAUCUAUACUUCUGGGACCACUGGGCUUCCUAAGGCGGCCAUUGUGGUGCACAGCAGGUACUACCGCAUCGCAGCGUUCGGCCACCAUUCGUACAGCAUGCAAGCCGCCGACGUGCUCUACGACUGCCUGCCGCUCUACCACUCUGCAGGGAACAUCAUGGGCGUGGGACAGUGUAUCAUCUACGGGUUGACGGUGGUACUACGCAAGAAAUUCUCCGCCAGCCGCUUCUGGGAUGAUUGUGUCAAGUACAAUUGCACGGUAGUGCAGUACAUCGGUGAAAUCUGCCGCUACCUUCUGAGGCAGCCUGUUCGAGAUGUGGAGCGGCGGCAUCGCGUUCGCCUAGCCGUGGGUAACGGACUGCGGCCAGCCAUCUGGGAGGAGUUCACGCAGCGCUUCGGUGUGCGGCAGAUCGGCGAGUUCUAUGGUGCCACCGAGUGCAACUGCAGCAUUGCCAACAUGGAUGGCAAGGUCGGCUCCUGCGGCUUCAACAGCCGUAUCCUCACGCAUGUGUACCCCAUUCGUCUGGUCAAGGUCAAUGAGGACACGAUGGAGCCACUGCGGGACUCCCAGGGCCUCUGCAUCCCGUGCCAGCCCGGGGAACCUGGUCUUCUCGUGGGCCAGAUCAACCAGCAGGACCCUCUGCGGCGCUUCGAUGGUUAUGUUAGUGACAGCGCCACCAACAAGAAGAUUGCCCACAGUGUAUUCCGAAAGGGCGACAGCGCCUACCUCUCAGGUGAUGUGCUCGUGAUGGAUGAGCUGGGCUACAUGUACUUCCGUGACCGCAGCGGAGACACCUUCCGCUGGCGUGGGGAGAACGUGUCCACCACGGAGGUGGAAGCCGUGCUGAGCCGCCUGCUGGGCCAGACGGAUGUGGCUGUGUAUGGGGUGGCUGUGCCAGGAGUGGAGGGGAAAGCUGGCAUGGCGGCCAUUGCAGAUCCUCACAGCCAGCUGGACCCUAACUCAAUGUACCAGGAAUUGCAGAAGGUGCUGGCAUCCUAUGCCCGGCCCAUGUUCCUCCGUCUUCUGCCCCAGGUGGAUACCACAGGUACCUUCAAGAUCCAGAAGACCCGGCUGCAGCGUGAAGGCUUUGACCCCCGCCAGACCUCAGACCGGCUCUUCUUUCUAGACCUGAAGCAGGGACGCUACAUACCCUUGGAUGAGAGAGUCCAUGCCCGCAUCUGUGCAGGCGACUUCUCCCUCUGAGCCUGGCGAGUGGGAUGGGCCUGGACUCCUGAGACCUGGGACCUGACACCCUUCUUCAGGUGCUUCUCCUGCCUGGCCACAUGGACAGCAGCACCUGUGGGAGUAGGAAACUGGAACCUGAGCAGCCGGGGCCCCUCUCCUACUUUCCACCCUGCAUCCAUCUGGAACCUGAGCAGCCGGGGCCCCUUUCCUACUUUCCACUAUGCACCCAUCUGGCCUCUGCCUUGAUCUUUUUCUUCAUCUCUUUUCUCCCUACCCAGCAGGAGCCCCACAAAAACAUGUUGGCUGCUGUGUCCUGCAGUGGGACCAGUGUCCAGGCUGCAGGAUGUGACCCACACUGGCACCCACCUCCCUUUCCCUUUGUGCCUUAGGUUCCCCUGUGGAACAAGUGGGGGCCCACAUAGCUGCUGUCCCUGCUGAGGGCUGGUAGCAAGCACACCGUCAUGUCAGCUGGGAGACAUACGCAGUCUCCCACUGAUCCCCAGUCAACUGAAAAUAUUACUGUUUUGUAUCAUUGUUUUGUUUUGAGAUAGGGUCUCACUGUGGAGGCCAAGCUGGCCUCAGACUCACGACUCUACUGCCUCUGGGCACUACCCUGCAGUCUCAGGCUGAUGACACUUAUGCAUUAUUGUCCCCUAAGGGUCUUCUGAGUCUUCAUUUUCCCCUCGCUUCCAGAACUGACUCUGAUCACUUGGGUGUGGCUAGUGUUGGCUCUGCCCACAUGUGUCAGUUCAGGGGUACCAGGCAUAAUCUCUGGAAGCCCUCAUUCUGGCAAAGCUUGGUUCUCACAUCACAGCAGGAGAGACCCAGGAAGGUUGCUGUGGUGUUCUCUUGGGCACCCCCUGGUGGCAGCCCUGGACAUGCUGCACUAUGCACUAGUGCAGAUAGCCCAGACCCUGUUGCCUGUGACAUUUGAGGACUAUCCUUCUGGCCCCCGUGGUCCCCAGUGAGAUCCUUGGUGAUUCACUUCAGUUACCAAGCAGGGCCUCUGCCUGCCUUCAUCUGCAAGGGCAUGAUGGGUAUGGACAGAGCAGCCACAGGCUGCCUGCAGUCAACCACACUCGAGUGUUAUUUCCUUGUUGGUUUUAAAAAAUAAACAUGCUGAGCCUUGACA